AUGAACGCUCAUCAAAUAAUCACAGGAGCGUUGAAUGACGGCGAAAACGUUUAUUCCAUUGGCAGCGUCGAAGGGAUCACAUUCACGGUGAGAACUAUUAUUUUUCUUGUUGUGUUUUUCAAAUUUUGAAAAGUUGCGAAAUUUUAUUUUGUUUUGGGGUUUUACUUGAGCAAAAUCUUUCAUUUUUUGAAUUUUUUUUCUUCAAUUCGAAAAGUUUUUUCCUGACCAAAAAAAAUGUUUCAGGCAUGUGCUGUGGGCUCAGACGUUGUGAUACUUGGGCCAGAUUUUAACCGUGUACAGGUAACUUUCCUCUCAUUUUAUUCUAGUUAUCCAAUUUUUCUCUGUUCAGGUAGUUCCAGAAUGCUCACAUAAUCAACAAUUAGUUAGUAGUGUUAGCUGCUGUCAAGAUACGGGAAAGGUACGGAAUUCCUUCCAGUUGUAUCAACAAAAUACGAUUUUUCAGAUAGCAGUAACUUAUGGAAAUGUUGUCCGAAUACUCGAAGCCACAAAUAUCCAUGUCAUUGACAAGCCGACCGGCAGUUCAGCGGUGAGAUCCCUAAUCUUUUUGGUAUUUCAUUUGGAAUAAAAAUUACAGGCAUGUCAGUAUAACUGGGUCGAAACACAUUGUUUCACAGUGAAAGGAACUGUAACCACAGUAUUAUGGAACAUGGAAGGUGAUUGAUUUUUUGAAUAAAAAUUGCAGCUUCAAAUAAAAAGCUAUGACAUUUUAAUUUAAGACAGCCUUCAGUGCUUAUUUUCUCAUUUUUUAUCGGACUUUUUAAUGAACUUCAUUCAAAGCCAUUUUGAAACUUUUCAGACAACAAUUUUUUUUUCUUGAUUUUCAAGCCAUUGACAAUGAAUUGUUUUACCUAUAAUCUAGUUUCAGAUUUUUUUGAUUCGAAUAAUGUUAAUAAGUAAAAUGAUGAACAGCCUGAAAGACUUAAAAUAUUUCAAAUUCCAUUUUUGCGGUGUUCUUGCUCACAUUUCAGUGCAUUUUCUGUUCUCUGAGGAAUCAACUUCCAUUAUUUUUUUUACCUUUUCAUCCCAAGUUUUGAAGGAAUGCGUAUGCUUUUUGUGAUCGGCAACGAGAUGAUGCUUUAUCAACAUCGCAGCGUGAGUUGCACGUCUCGUGCUGGUUCUAGUGCACCUGUUAUGUUCUGCAUUGCUGAGGAGGUCUGUCCUCCUACACCUUUUUACCCUUGCUGUUUUUUUUGAAUAUUAUUAUUUUUCGCUCCGAGCUCCUUUUAUGGUUUUUAUCUCUAGUUCUACCAACUACAGGAAACAAAAAAAUAUUGGAGGAAAAUCUUCAAAUGGAUAUUGAAGCUUUGAAAAAUCCACCUUUGUAAAAACUAUCGUUUAGUUGGUUUGCAAAAAACACCCUUUCCCCCAAUUCGCGCUCAAGUUUACCGGUGAUUGUCUAUUUUUCGUUUUCCUUUUUAGUUUCUUACUCAGUUUGCAUAGUGAAUUCAUUGGGGAUUCAAAAAAACCUCAAAUUGAUAGCUCGAUAUUUUUUUCGCAGGAAGUGCAAGAAACACAUUCAUGGGACGUUGUUUGGAACAUCGACCUCUCAGAACACCCAAAGUACAUCAAAUAUUCUCCUGAUGGAACAUAUUUGGCAGUGGCCGGAGAAUUCGAACGAUUUGUGAAGAUCUUCUAUCAAUCAUCAGGUAUUUUUGUUUCUUUAUCAUAACACACAUAGUGAAAUUUCAGAAGAAACGCCAGAUUCCAAUAUUCUGGACUUCUCGUUCGUCUCUCUCAACCAUCCUGCGCCGGUGAGAGGCUUCGAGUGGCGUCGGACAGGACGCUACAUGCCACGAAAAUGCAUCCAGGCGGCGUUGAUCUCAUGGUGUGCUGACAACACUUCCCGUAUUUGGAAGGAGACGCCCCCACCAGAGCUAUCCAUCAUCGAUUUGAGUGGCGAUGGAGGUUUUCUCGAUUUUUUAACUACUUUUAAAAAUUUUUUAACUCAAGGAGAGCCUGGCUGGGACAAAACAAGACCCAAGCGGAUCUUUGGAAAGCACAUUCGAGUCAAAAAGACGAAGAAUCGGAUAAUCACCAAGCUGAAGACUAUGCUGUGAGUUCCUUGGUUUAAUAGUUCAAAAUAGUAUAAUUUUAUCAUAGUUGAAGUUAGUAGGAUUUUUCCAUAAUACUGAGUCUUGAAAUUCUGCUCUCAUAGGUCUUAGAAGAUUCAGCAAGUCAUCCGAAAGUUCAGAAUGAUUUCAAAUUUUUUUAUUUACAUCAUCUUUUUUAUCAUAUCUCUAAUUUUCAUAGGCCUGAGAGAAAAAGGAAGCCAGAUAAUGAGGCUGGCCUUGGACUGAGAGCUCAAAUUGGAAAGAGCCCUUCAUUCAACGACCUCCAAUCUCACAACAUGUGCCACACCAACGUUGAAUUCCACUUGGCUGGUACUGUCAACGCCGAAACAGGUACAAAAAACUUUACUGUAACACGUUUUAAGAAUUGAUAAUAAUUCAGACGUUUUGUUGGUGCCUUCUUUGGAAGGAAAUGUACAAAAGCCGCUCUGCGUUCAUUGGCUCAACAACAAGGAGCUAGUUUUCAGCGUCGGCGCCGAGAAACUUCUAGCUGAGGCAGUUCUCAUGGAAAGUGAUUCUCAAGGUAGCAAGUGAAUUGAAAAACCUGUGCUACAAAGGAAGGUUUCAGGAACGUCUUGUGGGACUUCUCCAGAAAGAGACGAAAAGUUUGAAGUUAAUGGUCACGCGGAAAGACUAGUAGGAGACAUUAAUGACGGCACAUCUUCUGUAUUUUAAUAUUCAUCGGAAAUAAUUCAUUAAACUUUUCAGGAAAAUCCGUCUUCCAAGGACAUUUUGGACGUGAAACUGGAGAUAUUGCUGCGGCAAUGGUCAAAAACUAACGAUAUCUUGUUCACUUUCCACCCGAUCGAUGGGAGUUUGUUGACCUGGUCAGUUUCCUAUUUUUUCACCGUUUCAUUGCAAUGAUAACUCUGAAUUUUCGUGCCAGGUUUUUUUAGUCUGUAAUAGUCUGAUCUGUAGGCUUUUCUUUGUUCUCUUUUUCAUGUGUACCACUUUUUUCAAUUUGAUGUUGGUAAUGGACAAAAGGAAAAAUGAUUUCUUUAAAUGUUCAAUGAGGAAUAAAAGCUUUUGAAAGACCCAUUGAAUAGCGUCGCUGAUCUGACCCUUACAACAAUUUUCCUUGCAGGACCGUGGAAUGGAUGGAUGAUCUCCACCGACAGCCAGUCAUUUCCUACAGCUCAAGGUUCCCCGGAGCUCUGCCCACAAGCGACGCCGGCUCAAUCCAAUCCACUCUGAACACUUUCAACCCACAUGAGCCGCUUUACAUCGACGUAUUGCGACGAGAUUUGGACAGUAAAGAAGCAGGUAAAAAAUUUUAAAAAAAUCAAAAAAAUUAUAUAUAUAAAAUAAAUAUUCCAGAGAACGCUCAACAGAGGUUGUCAGAAAGUAGCGUGGCAAAUACAAUACACGUUCUGACGUCACAUGACAACGGAACGCUGAAUUUGUGGCACAUGGCCGUUGAUGAGAACAGCUUCUUUUCGCAAAUUCUCAACAUCACUCACAUUUCCAGAAUGUGCGGUCAUCGCUUCCGAAUAAGACAGGUAGGGACUAUUGAAAUUCAACAAUAAGUCUAGCUCUCAGGUUAUUGCUCAUCCAGUUCUACCUUUGCUGUUGACUACUUCGAAGUUCGAAUCUAAAAACGACAUCGAAGAUCCAAAGGUUUUCCACUGUGAUUUUCUAAAGCGCAACUUCAAAUAUUCAGUUGGAUUAUCUGUCCGAAGUUAUUUUAUGGAAAAUAUCUCCGGUCGGUCCGCUCUGCAAAACGGGAGGUGUCAAAGAACUCGCAAGGGUUGGAAAUUCUUUACGUGAAGGUUUUUCAAUUCUCAGCUGGAUUCCUGCCAUAUUACCGAGGUUGUUUUAUCAAACAAGGUCUUUUUUGAAUUUCGAACUUCAGCUGUACCUUAGGAACGGUUUGUAACUCUCCGUCUUCUUGUUUUAUUGCGAACGAUGGCAAUUGCUUGGUCAUUUAUCAGGUGAGAUAUACUUCCUUUGCCGAAAAUUGAAGCUUCUUGGUUUCAACUGAAAUUGCAUUUUCGUUUCUCUACCAUUGAUAGAAAACAAGAAAAAGUGUUUCAAAAAGCGGUUGAUUCAUUAUUUCGGUUAAAAUUUUUAAAGCGAAUUCCUAGGCCGUUAUUGAUGCUCGCGGCUUACUGGCAGAACUUUCCAAUGCUGACAGUUCGACUUUUGGCGGCAUUAUCGAAAGUGAAACGGACGAAGAGUUGGUUUCAAUAUUAAACAGUUGCAUUUUUCCCCUUUAGAACUGCUUCCCUGACUCCGUCGCCAAGAAAAACUUUUGCCCCAUCGUUUUUACGAGAAUUCAAUGUAGUCUCUACACAGUCAACUGCAAAACCCGGUUGCGUUUUGGAAAUCGGGAGAAUUGAAGACGAAAUGCUGGUGAGUUUUCUCGUUGAAGAGAAUAUUUAUUGAAGCAUUUUUCAGAGAAACAUUGACAUAUCAUUUCUUCAUGUUUUCCAAGCUCGUCUUGUAAUAAGUGAAACAAGCGAAGAGACAGAAGAAGUUGUUCCAAUGGGAAGUGUGAUCGACAGGAGCAAAAAUGCAGUGUUUUCUGACCAAUACUACAUUGUGAUGGUUCAAAAAGACGAUGAUGGUGAAAAGUGAGUUUGCAAUAAAACUCCAAUGUAUUCGGUUCCAGAUUAUCAAAAAAGAAAUAAAAAAAAUUUUGAAUACUAAUGAAGUUUACUAAAAUCCAGAGACAGCCAAAAAUGAAGAAAAAAAAAUUCGUUUCAGCAUUUUGAUGUACUCCUUGACAAUCUCAUCUCAAGAGCCACAACCGAUCCCCACAUUUGGUAUGAAAAGUAGUGGAAUUCAUAUGAUUCCUGCUUUUUUUAGAUACGGAAAUUUUACCGGAUGAAAAAGACGGCUUGCGGCCUAAGAGUCCUUUGGCCGUUUCAAUGGCAAAACUGAAGUUUGAAGCAGAGCUGGUUUGUCGACAGAAGUUCCCAUUACCUUCUGGGACUAGGGUGAGUGAACUACUUCAUGGGAGUGUGGAAAAUAAAUGAACUUUUCUCAGAUAAAGCAAGUUUCACCGGCGGCUGGACAUUUAUCGUCAUCUUCGCUGUAUCCAGCUUGUGAAGCUCCCUACGUUCUGAUCUCCUCUGACGAAGGUUUUUUUUUACCUAAACUUGUUAAACUUGUACAUUGUCAUUUCAGAUGACUCCGUGAGAUUCUGGAGAUGUGAAAGGAACAAGGACUCUUCCAGUAGUAAUAAAUACGAAUGGCGCGAGUGGAACAUGAUCAGUGAUAACCGUCCAAGUGAACUUGGAAUCGAAGGUAGCGGUUUCCUUUUGCUGAGAUGCAAAUUUCCUCGUUUUCAGGCAGCAUUUAUGGUGUGAGCGCCGCUCACAGUGGAAGACUAGCCUGUGCCUACGACUCUGAGAGCGUCUCAGGCGACUCGAAUUCCGUGGAAAUCGCAGUUUUCGAAUGCGAGUCUUCUGGUGGUGUGGAAUGGCUUCGCGAAGACACCCUGAGCAUCAGAAACAUUUCAACGUUUUGCAACAAGAAGUUAGUCGGUUUCCGGAAAUAGAAAAGUUGAGAAUCUUUUCGGGUUUGAAAAAUAGGAUAAACGGAAUUUAUUGAGGUUUGAGAAGUAGAAUCAUUAGAAGGUAGUGAUUUACACACACAGUUGGAGCAGGUGUUCUUAUUCCACACAGAUCCUUUUUUUCAGCUUCGACCUGUUUCACGGAAUUCGGCCGGGAUCGCCUCGAUAUGAACGAGCGACGUCUUUGAGCCCACGUACGGAUUUUGGAGUGAUAACCCGGUUGCGGUCGAGUUUUCGUGGUGUGGCUUUAUGUGUUUAGACGUCUGUCUUCCGUCUUCUCACUAUCUUUGGCUAACCUUUUGUUUUGUCAUCGUUCUUCACACUGUUAGACCGACGCUAAAAGUUACUGUAUCUAAUUAAAAUUUUCUCUUCUUUUCUAUUAUUGUUUCGAAUCGCACGGUUAUACAUGGAUGUUGUGUUGUAGGCUUGUCGUUUGCCCUGCCCAAUGGGCCUUCUGAAGAUUUGGUUCGCGCAAUGACACUCAAUGCACGACAUGAGCACGAAAUUCCGCCAAGUCAGUUUUUUGUGGUGGUAUCCGCAUGAUUUCUAUUGUAUUUGUAUUUUUCACGUUUUUGUCUUUUCUUUGGUUUUUAUGUUGUCCAAUUCAGUUUCAAUCCAAAAGAUGAUCCGCUUGGACUGGGUUUCCACAGAAGACGGAUCUCAUAUGUUGACGGCGGGCGUUGGAGCAAAAAUAUACGUUUACACACAGGUGAAUAGUUUUGAGCUAUAAAUAAACCUCCUCUGACCUUUUUCUGAUCAUCUGAGUAAAAAACGAAGAUCAUAUUCUAAAUUUUUGAAAACUUAGUAAUCGAGUCGGCUUUGUUCUUUUUUUAUAUUGAACGGGGGAAUUUAGGAAAGUAAGAAAAAAUGCAUCGAAACGAGAAAUAAACUGCGGACAAGUAUAAAUGGUUUCAAACCACGACGAGUAUAUCAUAUUCUCGAUUUUAAAAAGUCAAAAUUUUUGAAAAAGUCAAAAUUUUGAAAAGUCCUGAAAGCUUCUCUCAAUUUUUUGUUCUUCUCAAACUGUCCUUUAAUCCGCUUCAUACAUGUCUUAACAUUCAAUGAAAACUGCUUCCAGAUAUCCCAAGACCUUGCCCAGCAGAAUGUGGCUCUGAUGAAAGACAGUGAAACGACAAUGAGAAGACCUUCGCUGCGAAAAGCUUCUUCUCUAUUGCCUAACAUGCAUGCGCACAGUCGCCUGGUGUGUUCCUUCGAGAACUUUUCUAAAAAUAUUCUUACAUCUUAUAAAUUUCAGACUCGCUGGGUUUGCAUCCGUUUGCUGGAACUGGACUCAACUGACGGACUUCCACCCAUUCCGACAAGUUUGAGCUGGGCGAGAGAUGGGCUACUGAUCGUUGGCAUGCAAAGCGAGAUGCGAGUGUACAACCAAUGGAAUUUCGAGCCUCACGAUCUCAAGAACGGAUUAGACAUGACGUUAGUUGAAAGUUACCAUUUUCGGAACUAUAGAUUUACUUGAGGCGACGGGCGACCAAUCCGCACAUUGUGAGCUUGCCGGUUUCAACAUCUCACUCAAUGUUGGACCAACUUCACAAAAAGAAAGAGGCCUUAGCUACAAGUCGAAGUCGUGUGAUUUUGGACCUGGUUACGACAAUGAACAAGUUAGUACAAAUAUUUAUCUCAACUUGGAAGUCACUUCUGAUAAUUGACCCAUUUUCCGUAAAAUUCGAGUCAACUGAAGUUCUAAUGAGAAUUUCGAUAAUCAGCACAUUUUUUCAGAAAUCAUCAAAUCAAAGAGCAAGAGUCUGACGCGAUUCUGCAUGCUCUGUCCAGCGAGGGUCUUUUCGAAGCGGCUCGUUUGAGUUCUCCUAUCCUUCCACAGUAUCAUCCAAAGCAGCUGAUUGUCUUGCUCAACGCAGGGAAAACGAAAAGAGUCAAGGCUAUUCUGCUUCACGUCCUCAACGCGCUGAGGGUAUUUUUAAACUAAAAAAAAUCAAUAUACAGUCUAAUUUUUGUUCCAGCAACGACAAGUCACCAUUCGGAAUCCUUUGUCCAGAGCGGCCUCAAUCCGAAGAAUGUCAACAGUAGAUAUGAGUGAAGAAAUCGGUGCUGCCAAAAUUGGCGACGUCACACGUAAUAUGACUUUCGACGAGGAUUCUCUCGAUUAUGACGAGAUAGACGAAAUCGCGCCUCUUCCGCUUUAUGCACUCUUGGCCGCAGAUAAUGAUACUGAAGACAGCGGGGACAAGGCGGAUGGCAUGAUUUCCAAGGUAGGUUCUUAAUUUUGUUUUUUAAAACAGGAAUAUUUAGUCAACUACUUUCACUUCUCAUCUGAAGGAUUUUCAGGCGCACUCAGGGUACGACUCGCUUUUCACGGAAGAAGCUAUCGACGAUGCCGAACUGGACGCCGCCCUCACAGACAGCGAUUCUUCUACUCCCCGGUCGAGACAUACUUCAUUGAGCAGCGAUUCUUCGAGAAUCGAGCACAAGAUUGUGUCUACGCAGUUCACGGCCAAGCACAAUCGGUUAGCUGUUCUCGAACAAAAAUAUAUGAUAUACUGACCGGUCCAGGGUCCUCACCGAAUUACUCACUCAUACACAUCUUCCUGGACUUUCGAGUGUUGACCAAAUGCAUCUGCUGGCCAUGGCGGACACGCUAAGCCACUUUUCCAGCAACGUCAUUGACAAGCUGACAGCAGCUAAUGCAGGUAUAGAAACGAAAAAAUAAACCUAAUUUUUACAUUUUCCUAGCAAUGCAACCGGUGGUCCAAUCCGUGUUGGGUGAUUCUUCUGCUAGUGGGUACGCGACAGCGGCGGCUGGUGUUGAAACCCUAGAUGAGUGCGGUCUUCGGUAUCUCAUGGCAAUGAAGCAACACGAAUAUCUUCUCGUCUGCCUGCCGUUGAAUCAACGCGUUGAGCUCAAAGUAAAUUGGACAAUUCGUGCUUUUAUACAGUUUUCCAUUUUCAGAUGAAAGGCCUUUCUUCAUCGCAUAUCAUUUGGGCUCAGCACUCGGAAACGGAGACCGAGCUUUUGAAUGCCGUUCCAGGAAUUCAGAAAGCCAACCCAACUUGGGACGAGCUCAGAAGCUUAGGAAUUGCCUGGUGGCUCAAGAACACAUCAAGCCUCAAAAUUUGUAUUGAAAAAGUUUGAUUGCUUUUUUGAACACGAAUUCCCAUUCGAAAAAUUUCAGCUGGCGAAAGCUGCGUUCCAGCAAAAUCAAGAUCCGAUGGAUGCGUCUUUGUUCUACUUGGCACUGAGAAAGAAGAACGUUUUGACUCAUUUGUUCAAAGUGAGUUCUGUUGGUCCAGGAUCAUCGCAGUAUUAGAACCAUUUAUUUUAAUUACUCUUUGCAGACAUCUCGAAAUCAAAUGAUGUCCGAAUUCUUCCAAAAUGACUUCAACACGGACCACUGGAAGAAGGUUGCUGCGAAAAACGCCUUCGUACUUAUGAGCAAACAACGAUUUCAACAUGCUGCCGCUUUCUUCUUGCUUAGUGGUAGUUUGAAAGAUGCCAUGCAGGUUGAUCAGAAUACUCUUGUUUCUUUCAAUAAUGAAUUCGCAGACGAUUCUCACAAAGUGCAAUGAUUUGCAACUAGCCUUGGUAGUUUUGCGACUCUACGAAAACGACAUCGAUACGCAGCAAGCGAUUAUGAAGGAAAUUCUCUGCAGGUCCGAAUUUCAAAUUUUACGCCGAUUCCAGUUAAAAUAUUCCAGAGAAGUCUUGGGGACCACUCCGGAUGAUUUCGAAACAAAUCGAGGAAAAACAGAUGAAGACGUCGUGUUGAGUCGUCAUGCAUCAAAGUGAAAAAUAAGAAAUCAAAUCUGUUUUUACGGCUUGUUUCAGAGAUCCCUUUGAACGAUCGAUGGCUUACUGGAUUUUGAAAGACUACGCAAGAGCAGCGCACACCUUGGUGGAAGAAGCGCAUGGGGAACGGAACCAGAACACCAGUCUUUCCGACAUUUUCAACUUCUAUGCGUACCUUCGACGGCAUCCACUUGUUGUCCGUCAACGACUGACCGAUUCUGGAGCACAGGUUCGUAAUUCUCUUCAUCAUUUUAAAAGUUAUCCUAAACGCUUUGAAACAAAUAAAAACUUUUACUUUCAAGGUUGGAUCAACGGAGAAGUUCCUGUCUGUUGGCAAGCAACUGGAAACGGUGGUGACCCCAGCUGAACGCCGACUUUAUUUCCGGACGGCUGCUGAACACAUGGCGAGAGGCUGUCCGAUGCUUGCUUUGGACGUUCUCAGCAGACUUCCCAAACGCAUCAGUUUGAUUCGUGAUUUCGAUGAAGCUCUUCGAACUCUUCUUGGAGAUGAGAAAGUGAAUACUGUAUUAGAAAUUUCGAGAGGUUUUAAUUUUCUUUUGAAGAAGACGAAUACAAGCUCGAACCCUCCUCGUCAAAGCUUUGAAGUUGAUUGGAGUGCUCCGACAAAUGUCCUGAAAAACGACGAUCUCGAUCUUGGAUGGAGUGACGACGAAGAUGAAGAAAAACAAGAAGAAAAAUCAAAAGAGCCGGAAAUUGUUGCUCAAGAGGUUGGAAUGAAGUUCAUUCAAAAAAUAUAUUUCGUUUUUCAGAAUGAAUCCUCGGAAAAAGUCGCAAUGCCGGAAGCUGUCGAUAUUAUCGCCCAGCACAUGAAGUUCGUGGCUUCUAUCAGAAUCCUGACUGAGGAGUUGUCCACCUUAGCCAGUGGAUUCGAGGUAGACGGAGGGCAGUUGAGAUAUCAGGUGAAUUCAUAUCGUAAAACAUCGAACUUGAUCCUUUCUUAGCUUUUCCAUUGGUUGGAGAAAGAAGUGGAUGUCCUUCAAAACACUUGUGAUUACCGUUUUCAAUUUCAUUCCGGAUGUGAUUUGGAUGAAGAAGAAACUGCUCUUUCAAACUCUGCCGAGCCAAGGUUUUUUAUUUUAAUCUUAGCCCAAUCAUACCACUUUUUAGCGAUGUUUCUCUGCAUGAAGCUUUGAAACACGAUCGAGCUGAAAUGCUUUCCCGCUUAAAAUAUGCUGCUCGGCGAAGGAAAUGGCUCACUUCUAAUCAAAAAUUGCUCAGGUACAGGUUAAUACAGAAGUUUUGAAAAUCUCUUUUUUUCAGGUCUUUCACUUCUUUCUGUGCUCUUCAUUCUGCUCAAAAUCAUCGUCUCACCUCAGCUUUAAUGGAACUUCUUCUCCUGCUUUUGGAGGUCCAAAAAGACACUGGUGUGCAACAUUUGAACGGUUUGACUUUCAAUAGUACACAUUAAUCGAACAUUUUUUAUAGAACCCGUCCCUGACAUGAACUCCUUCCCAUUAUUGGAAGCUUCAGUUUCUUCAGCCAAAAUGUUCGUCUCAUCUCCACUGUCUUUCAUCGAAAAUCAAUGCUACGACUUGCUCGCCGCCAUUUCUCAGAUGCACACAGCGCCCAGCAUGGACAGAAACUUGCAAACGGUAAAUUGCUGAUGUUGAACAUAAUGAUGGAAGACAUUUUUCAGUGCUACAUGCUGUACAAUUUGAGCCAAGGGUUAUCCUCGUGUUUGUAUCAAUCUCUGUGUGACGUUGAGCAAAUAUUCUCCAGCUCGCGUUUGCUUUACAACGAUGGCAAAUCUGGGUGAGUUGGAUGCAGGAGAUAAAGAAAAACAUGGAAAAAAUAUGAAUAGUAUGAAGAUUCAGUUUUGAGUAGUAAAUCAGGGACGGCUUAAACGAACCAUGAAAAGCUUCAUGUACAAAUACUCACAGUCGAAAGGAGGGAAGCCAUUUUCAGAGCGCUUACAAAACGGACGAGAAUGACGUCAUCAAGCGAAGAUCUCCGAGUGUCGACAGCACCUGUAAAGUGGCCUGGCGUUCAGUCUUUGAUCGCUCUUCUGAAUCGAGAAAAAGACGAUGAAGUUCCACAUCUUCGACUUCUUCUUAUCGAAUCCUUUGUGGCCAUCACAAUGUAUCUUAUCUUCAUUUUCCAUCAGCAGAAAAAUCGGUCUUAGGUCACUUUUCUGUUUCGCCCUUGCUGCCUAUGAUGCACGAUGGCUGUACCGGUUAAGUAUUCACGACAUUGACCCCGGAAAGUUCGGCCUCAUUUUUGGUGGAGGCGGUGAAAAGCGCCUGAAGACGGCUCCUCCUGUCAGGCCCCCACGUAAGAAGAAGUUUGUUGGCAUGAAGGCUGUAAUUUUUAUUCAAGGGCCGAGUGCACCGAGAUCGAAAAACGUUUCUGAAGGAAGCAACGCCUCAGGAGAGAACACCAACGACGCCAACGUUUCUCGUUCUCGACUCAAUCUACGCGUGAUAGGAACAGAAAGCGUCCAGCAACAGUCCACACCGAAUCCGGCUCCAGCUGAACAAGUUAUCACAAAAUGGGUUCCUCCGCAUAAGAACAUCGUGCAGCUAUUUGCUGAGAAGGUGCGUUCUAUCUGCGGAUCUUUCGAAUUAACGUGUUGAGUAGCUUAACACUCUUACCAAUUUGACUGACAAAACUUAAGAUCUGCCUCAUCAGGCAUGGAUGUGUAACUUGCCUGAAAAAGCUCUUUGAAAAAACUUUUUCUAUCCAUUGUUUUUCAUUUUUUGCUGUGAUCUCACUAGUCAGCAAAAUGAAUAUCAAGUCAAUUCAUCAAAGAUUUUCAGCCUUCUUUGGACGCCGAUGAAGCUCUUGGAGUGAGCUACGAUUCUGAUGAAGAAAGUGACGACUACGACGUGGAUGAUGACGAGAAUGAAAGGUUGAAAAAACGAAAAUUUUUCACAUUUUUGGACUUCUUUUCAGAUGCGAAAACGCCGUUCCAACUUCGUUCGCUUGGCAAUUGAUGAGAUUGGCCCUAAUUGAGCAGUAUCUUCAUCGUAUUCGUCAAUUCUUAAUGUUGGCCGGUUACGAUCCCCACGGUUAACUUACUUCAUGAGAAAUGUCAAUACUUGGAGAUUUAAGACAUUCCGGGACUUGCACCUCGAAUUGAAGUGAUUCUGCGUCUUCUCACCAGCUGGUCAAACCAGCAGCAUCAUCUUUUGAAAAAUUUCCCUGGUGGAAUGCCACAAGACUUGUUGCCAAAUAUGGAUGUCGACCUCACCGAUGCCCAUCUUGGCGCGACGAUCAAGUAUCUUGAUCAUUUAUGAAUAAGAAAUAAUCACUUUUUAGGAAAUACGCCGUGGUUGUUCAAAGAAAUAACACGCCGUUCGAAAGUGAAGACCGGAAAGUCCAGCCGAUGCAGAGACUUUGGGCUUAUCUUGUUCGUGAAGACCAUCUCCAGCCAAUUUUCAUUCGAUAUAUUUUUGCCGCCAAGUCGCAAAUGGUUUGUUAAGAAAUCAAAACACACUCUUUGAACUUCUAAUAAUUCUAGGAAAAUCCUCAUUCCGAUAGAGGUGAUCUUCUCACGGGGAUCGAAAACCAAGCUCUACCCGAAGCGUAUAAAAUCAUCCAGAAAGACCACGAGCCAAUCGUCGCGUUCUCUUGCAAUCAAGAGAAACCUGGCCUGGUUGUGGUUUCCAACGGACGCGAAUUGCAAGAGAUGGACAUCAGUGACAUUUUCAACGACGCUCCCGAUUACACUUCGUGGGUUUGGAACCGCGCCGAGCUAGACGUGAGUCUCGCUUUCUUGGUGGUAGAAAAACUUUAUUUCUAGAUGAACACUUUGAUGGCGCGAAAAGAUCCUCUACGCGAUAACGACGACUACCAGCUCUUCACUGAGAACUCCUCUACUACGGCGCCUUCUACACGAACCGCAACUUUGGUUAGUUUAUUUACUAUCUUUCUUUUGAAACUUCCUCAAUAGAUCCAUAAAUUAAAAAAUUAGCUCACGCCUUGGAUUGUCGAUCGCAGUCGUCGCGGUUUACAGAAGGUUGAGUUGUUGUUGUGAGCGUCGUGAUUUAGUAAAUGUUGUCCAUUUUGUCUGAAACCGUAGAUAUAAACUAACAAUGACCAGAAAAAGGUUCCAAAGUAAAAAAAUUUCCAUUUGAAAAAGUUAAAUAGAUUAACAUGCCAAAAUAAAGAAAAUCUCUUGAUGUUUAAACCUGCACAUCUAACAACGCUUCAGUUUGAAAAAUUACAAGACUUGUUCUUCCUGAAUUUUUGCAAUUUUAUUCUUUUCAUAUUCAACUGAAGAGAACUUUUGUCAUUCACAAUCCAUAUUUUCACUCUUUUGUUAUAUUAUUUUUUUAACAAAGAAUAUUAUUUUUUUAUUAACUAGAAACGGCGCUGUAAAAUCUAACUACUGUCACAAUAAUUUCGUAGAGCACUGUAAAGUUAGCCCUACUGCCAAGUUUUUAACAACAGCUGAAUGCUUCCAACUUUCCAAUAAUCACUAAAUUAUGAUGUCUUUUCAGCUGCUGAAAAGAAAUGUGGCCGGAGUGCGGAGAAUAGAUUCACACCCGUCGGCGCCUUACUGUAAGUUUCCGUGAUUGAAGCGAAGACUUACCGCAGGUGUUGAAAGAAGAAUGGUCAUUGUUUUAAAAUAGUUCAUCCAGUCUCUCUUUCGUUGAAUGAAAUUUGAAAGAUGAAACCUGAAAAAAUUCAUCCUUAGAUAGAAGUUAUCCGAGUUGGAGAAAAAAAGGGUAUAGAUUCAAAACGUCUAUAAAAAGAGAUCUUUAGAGAUCUGAUAUAUAUGUAAAAAAAAGUUUUCCUCUAAAUUUCAAAAGAAAUCAAGACUCUAUUGGCAUCCUUUUCCAUUUCUGACUUAACGGUCGCGAUUUAAAUUUAGCACUAAACCAAAAUCAGACGAGAACUGAAUGAAAAAUGGAACGAAAAUGAGAAAAAUUCUUUCAAUUGGUUGAUGCGUUGGAGCAUGUUGUAGGGCGCAAGUCAAAUUUAGUCGGGCGCAACUGCAGUAUUAAUUUUAUUUCAUUUCAUGCCUUCCACAAGAAAAGCGUUUGAGGAGAAAGGGAAAAAAAGAAAAUCUUUAAGAAAAAACGUUAAUAAAGAAACUUGAAGACGUAACCGGCUCGUCAGACGGUUCCAUCAAAGUCUGGAGAUGGGGCGGGAAAGACGUGGUUUAUACAGCCCGGGUGGCGGGACAGCACGCUAAGGUUCGAUGGUCUUACGGUAGCUUCGAUUAUUACACUGUUCCAGGUGUCAAAGAUAUCGUUUUCUUGCAACGGGAACAAGUUUGCGGCGGUCGAUGGAGACGGAAUGCUGUGCUUGUGGCAAGCCUGUCAGUCCACAGAGCAGAGAAAACCGUUCUUCGUGGGUUUUUUCAUCGAAAUUUGAAUGUUGGGACCAAUAAUGGGACUUGUGAAGAUGUGAUUAUACAUUUGGAGAAGAACCGUUUUUCAAAUUUUAGCUUUUGUGUGAAACAGUAAUCAACUCUAAAAUGGAUAGAAAAAUGAAGUUAAGUUUUCAUUUAACUUUCAAAGCGCAUUUUUUGCAGAGCCAGCGCUGUCACAACAAAUCUGCUUCCGACGUUCGAUUUCUGGGACAUUCUUCCUCAGUUCUGAUAACAGCUGGAGCUUCUUCCUUGGACUACAACCUCGGCCUCUGGGACACCCUGUUGCCACAAAACCGAGCUCUUGUCCACACUUGGGUGGCUCAUACAGAAGGCGCCACCUGUGCCAUGUAUCUUCCCAAUCAACAGGUGAUUAGAAGCACCUUGUAAUGAAUUUAGAAUAAAAUCCUGAGUUGCAGACUAUCGUUUCUGGCGGACGACAUGGCGACAUCUGCUUCUGGGACAUUCGCCAGCGACAACUUCGGCACACGAUCAAAGCUUUCGAUGCCACUCAAAUCGUCAAAUCUCUUGUUACCGACGUUUCUCAGGAUUUGAUAGUUGCUGGAUCCAGUGACGGCGAUGUCAAGGUGUGCUGUUGAGCCUGAAAAAAAGCCUGAAAAUAAAAAUAAAAAUAUCAGUAAACCUAUAGAUCUCAAAAUCACUGAAGUUCAAGUAGUUCUGAGUGAAAUUGAAUUGCGAACCUGUUAGAAAUAAUUUUUCAAUGAAUAGAUUCAGAUGUCAUUUUUCAGUUAAGGUCCGAGAAGGAAGUUCAUUUCACGCAUGAAUGCUAGUGACAAUUUAUAGUAACAUUUUUGAAAUAACCUCUACUUCACCAAUAUUCAAAGUGCUGCUAGAGUGAAAUAACUUCAAAAAACGGCUCACUUCUUACAGGCUUCUCAAUUUCCGAGUCUCUGAUAGAUAUUUUUUGAUUCUUAUCUCUAGACAAGAUGACCUACUGGAGAGAAAAUUUCGAUGGGUGGUGAAGAUAUGAAGUUUUUGGCAUCUUGCCCUUGAAUCGAAAAGUUUUUUUUUCUUUUCGAAGGACAUUAGUGAUAACAUCGAUCAAAAAUUUUUCGUUUUUCUAAGCAAAACGCGAUUUUCAGUUGAUUGAGAAGAGAACGAGUUUUGGUGAAUCGUGAAACAAAAAUUAGUUUUUUGGUAAAAAAGAUACUUUUCUCGUCUUCGCCUGACCUUAAAAGACUUUUUUCGUGCGUUUUAAGACGUUAGUUGUUUUUACCUGGAGCGCUGAAAAAAAAUGAAAUUUGUAUUUUGCGACAGAUAGACACGAAAAGUAUGAAAAAAAAAAAAAACUCAGGUUUGGUCCGCCGACGCCAAUCCGCAGUUGAUGUACGUUCUACCUGGAGAACACGCGACCAAAGGAGGAUUUUCAUUCCGCCAAGGUCUUAUAUCUUAAUUUUAGUCUUGAAAAAAUAUUCAAGUUCAGUUGGUCAACAAGCAGUACAAGGUGUGCAGCAAAUGUUCAUUGACCACAGCAUGCGACUUUUUUCCUGUGGAGCCGACGCUUCCUUGAAAUUCCGUACCCUUCCUUCCGUGUAUAAUAUGACAAACCUUGUAUGA